GGCAAAAACAGGCAUCAUAUACCUCAACCCCACCGAUUCGUCCCUGUAUAUUUCUCUACUCAUAUGCAAUCAAUCAUAAAAACAUACACCCCCCAAUUCUUGCACUUUUUCUCAUCAUUUCUCUCUCUCACUCUUAACCAAGCUGAGACGAAAAUCCAGACUUCAAACUCCCCCUGAUGGCUAAUGUUGUGGAAUUGAAGGUGGGUUUGCAUUGCGAUGAAUGCAUCAAGAAGAUUUUGAAGGCUGUCAAGAAAAUUGAAGAUAUAGAAACAUACGAUGUUGAUACACAGCUGAACAAGAUCACCGUGUCGGGUAGAGUAACAACGGAAGAAGUGAUGAAAGCUCUUCAAAAGAUUGGGAAGCAAUCUACCAUAUGGGAGGGAGCUUCAUCAGCACAGCUUGUCUAAAUACCUAUAUUCAUAUAUCCCAUCCUCUGUAACAUUCCGCAGUCUCUUUUAGGAUAAUUAAGAUAAGGAUCAGUAGUCCACUACUCUCUAUUUUAAAAGGAAAUUUUGUGUACCAGCGAGCAAUAAUACAUGGAUUCAGUUUUUUAA